CCGGCGGAAAUGCCCAGGCGAUGACGGAAACCCAGAGGGAGGGGAGAGAAAGAGCGAGAGAGGGGGCGAAAGAGCCGGGAGAAGCGGGCGGCCGGGCGUGAGGCGGCGGGUGGUUAGCCUCUGUAGGGUGUUGCGCCGAAGACCCGCGCCUCACUCCCCCCUAAACUUCCCUCGCCCUUCACCGACUCCCGGGGCGCGCAGCCGGGCGGGCGAGGGUCUCGAGGCCCUGCGCCCGGAGCCGCCCGCUGGCCUUGGGCGGGGCGAGGGGCCCGUAGCCACCCUCCCCGGCUCCCUCCUCUCCCGCUGGGAGCUGGCGGCGGCGUCGGCAGCGAGAGAGGGGAGCGGCGCCCGGGGUAGGGGUGGGUAGGGGCGGGGAGGGGGGAGGGAGGCGGCAGGGAAGGGGGAUCGGGCCGCCAUGGACGACAAGGCGUUCACCAAGGAGCUCGACCAGUGGGUCGAGCAGCUGAACGAGUGUAAACAGCUUAACGAGAACCAAGUGCGGACGCUGUGCGAAAAGGCUAAGGAAAUUUUAACAAAAGAAUCAAAUGUGCAAGAGGUUCGUUGUCCUGUUACCGUGUGUGGAGAUGUGCAUGGUCAAUUCCAUGAUCUUAUGGAACUCUUUAGAAUUGGUGGAAAAUCACCAGAUACAAACUAUCUAUUCAUGGGCGACUAUGUAGACAGGGGCUAUUACUCAGUGGAGACUGUGACUCUUCUUGUGGCAUUAAAGGUGCGUUAUCCAGAGCGCAUUACAAUAUUGAGAGGAAACCAUGAAAGCCGACAAAUUACCCAAGUAUAUGGCUUUUAUGAUGAAUGUCUACGAAAGUAUGGAAAUGCCAAUGUUUGGAAAUAUUUUACGGAUCUAUUUGAUUAUCUUCCACUUACAGCUUUAGUAGAUGGACAGAUAUUCUGCCUUCAUGGUGGCCUCUCUCCAUCCAUAGAUACACUGGAUCAUAUAAGAGCCUUGGAUCGUUUACAAGAAGUUCCACAUGAGGGCCCAAUGUGUGAUCUGUUGUGGUCAGAUCCAGAUGAUCGUGGUGGGUGGGGUAUUUCACCACGUGGUGCUGGCUACACAUUUGGACAAGACAUUUCUGAAACAUUUAACCAUGCCAACGGUCUCACACUGGUUUCUCGAGCUCACCAACUUGUAAUGGAGGGAUACAAUUGGUGUCAUGAUCGGAAUGUGGUUACCAUUUUCAGCGCACCCAAUUAUUGUUAUCGUUGUGGGAACCAGGCUGCUAUCAUGGAAUUAGAUGACACUUUAAAAUACUCCUUCCUUCAGUUUGACCCAGCACCUCGUCGUGGAGAGCCUCAUGUUACCCGGCGCACCCCAGACUACUUCCUGUAAAUUCCUCCUGGGAAAAACCUGCCUUUGUAUGUGGAAGUAUACCUGGCUUUUUAAAAUAUAUAUAUUUAAAAACAAAACAAAAAAAGCAACAGUAAUCUAUGUGUUUCUGUAACAAAUUGGGAUCUGUCUUGGCAUUAAAACCAUAUUAUGGACCAAAAUGUGCCAUACUAAUGAGCAUUUAGCACAAUUUGAGACUGAAACUUAGUACAACACUAUGUUCUAGAUCGGUCAGUCUUAACAGUUUGCCUGCUGUAUUUGUAGUAACCAUUUUCCUCUGGACUGUUGAAGCAAAAAAGGUAACUAACUCCUUCAUCUCCUUUUGCACUUACUUGGAAAUUUUAGUUCUAGUGUUUAACUGGCAUGGAUUGAUAGAGUUGGGUUUUAUUUUUAAGAAAAAUUCGCAAGCUAACUUCCACUUAAUCCAUUACCCUUUAUUUUAUUGAAAUGUAUAAAUUAACUGAAGAAAAGAUUCUUGGGAGUAUGUUGUCAUAACAUUUAAAAAGGUUUCCCUUCAUUUAAACUAAAGUACUGUUUUAUGUUGAUCUGCAUAUUUCUGUAUAUUUGUCAUGACAGUGCUUGCAUACUAUUUGGUGUACUGAGCAAAUAAACUUUCCAUUUUAAACAGAAA